AAUUUGUCAUCAUAUCGUGCAUCAAAUCGAGUGCAAUUUGGGGAUGGCAACGUUGACUCCCUUUGCUUCGAUUAGUUUAUUUUAAAAUUUAGCAUAGUUUAGGACAGUAUUAAUGCAUCAAAAUACGGUUGAACAUAUGUGAGAAAGGUGCUGAUCUAGAAUUUAUUCCUUUGUUUUUGAGUUAUGUUGUGUUGAGACCGGUUUGAUGGAUGUUCAACGAAUGAUGCUACCUGCCGUUUACUUUCUGUUGCUUGUUGGCUCAUUAAUCGGAACCGUCGUCGGCCAGAAUGUGAAAUACAACCCAAAUGCUGGUCAAAACUACGGCCAGAAUCAACCUUUGCAGCAAUUUCAGCCUUUUGGAGGGGGAACUGGAAGCGAUGACUCAUUUUAUGGAAGCGCCAAUCGCUACAAGCAGAUAGAAAAGUUUGGCACCUUUCAAGCCCCGGAGGAAAGCUACUGUCCGGAGCAUUGGUCCGUGUACAGAAGUUCCUGUAUUCGCAUCUACAAAUCUCCCCGGAAGGAUUACAUUAACGCACAGAAAAUCUGCCAAGCAUAUCAGGGAGAUUUGAUAAGCGUCGAUAACAUCGAAAAGCAUUCAUUUAUACUGAAACUGUUGGAUGUGGAUAGCAAUAGGAACAAUAGAUUCUACAUAUCUGCCCGCCAGGCUUCUCCAAAUAACUGGAUCAAUGCGGACAAAACGCAACUGGUCACAAUCGAAGAUGCGUUCACUUUUGAGGCCGCCGACGACGAAAGCUAUGAUGCCAUUUUCAACAAAAAAGCACUGGAAAAGUACGACUCCAGGAGGAAUUUCAUCAGCGGAUAUAACGAGAAUCGGAACAACUUGGUGUACUCUUUCAAUGCGGGCGGAGAAAAGUGGCAAUUCCUGCCGGUCAAUCCGGAAGACUUGAAUCUCUUCAUCUGCGAAUCGCAACAGCUGUACAGUGCGGACAAUAUAAACCUGUUAGCGGAUGACCAACGGCAGUACGAUUACGGGGUGGACAUCACCGACAUCAAUAAAAUCCCCCGGGGACCGUACUUUAUCAAGCAACCGCGCGAAACGACGUACGACACGGGGAAGGCCAAGAUCACCAAGGACGUUAUGCUCAGCUGCCUGGCCGGGGGUUUUCCGACGCCGACCUAUUCCUGGUUCAAGGAAAUCUACACCAACGACAAUAUCACCGUUGUGAAGCUGGACCCGCUGAGGAACACGAGGUACACGACCAGCGGAGGCAAUCUCAUCAUACACGACCCGCAGCAGAUACAGGAUCAAGGAACAUACCAUUGCGUGGCAGAAAACAUCUUUGGACGAAUCAUAUCAGAGAGCGUUGAACUUAAUUUUGGUUACAUCCUCGAGUUCAAUCUACAGCGUUCGUCGGAAACCGGUGAAAUGAAUUGGGGAAAGUCCCUGUACUGUGAUCCACCUCAGCAUUAUCCGGAUGUACGUUACUACUGGUCACGUGAUUUCUUCCCCAACUUUGUCGAGGAGGAUCAGCGAGUUUUCGUCAGUCACGAUGGAUCGUUGUACUUCUCAUCGUUGGAGAUAAAGGAUCGGGCCAAUUAUUCCUGCAACGUGCAAAGCACAGUAAGCGACACCGGCAGAAAUGGGCCAUUCUUCAAUUUGCAAGUAGUUGCUCAUCCUCACUAUCAAGAUUUGAUUUUUGCCAACAACUUCCCUAAGAAGUUCCCCGAAGCACCAGUUGCUGGGAAAGAUUUGAGACUUGAAUGUAUGGCCUUCGGCUAUCCUGUGCCUUCUUACAACUGGACACGUAGAAAUGGAAAUCUACCUCGCUUCUCCUAUCUUGAAAACUAUAAUCGCGUGCUAGUUAUUAAAAAUUCUACUGCCAAUGACAAUGGCGAGUAUAUUUGCACCAUCAAAAAUGAUCGAAAAUCAAUAUCCAAAAGUGUCCUGGUCAGCGUGCAAAUGCAACCAAAUUUCACAAUCCCCCUUAAGGAUAAGAUCAAGGAUUAUCAAAGCUCUGUAACAUUCCUUUGUGAGGCCUCUGCCAUUCCAGAUGUCAACUACACGUGGUACAAGAACGCGGAAUUAAUGGACCCAGAAAAUAGAAAGUUCAAUAAAGACAAAUUUGUGAUACAGGACAAUGUUCUGAAGAUAAAUUUCUUAGAUCCGGAAGAUGAUAACGGGAUGUAUCAAUGUAAGGCGACAAAUCAACUGAAAGGCGUGUACUCUUCAGCACAAUUGCGUGUGCUAUCCAUGAAGCCAUCAUUCAAGAAGAAACCCUUGGAGUCCGAGAUAUAUUCGAUCUAUAAUGGGAACACCACAAUUGAGUGUGAACCAGAGGCUGCGCCCCGACCGAAAAUUGUAUGGAAAAAGGACGGCAAUGUCAUUGGAACGGGAGGCCACCGGCGCAUGCUUCCAACCGGUACCUUGUUCAUCUCCCCAACUUCUCGUGAUGAUGAAGGGGUCUACACCUGCGUGGCCAGUAAUUCACAAGGUGUAGCAGAGUCGAAAGCCCGUCUCAUUGUUCUACAGGAACUAAGGUUCACCGAACAACUACCUCCGAAAGUUAUCAAACAAAUUGAUGAACUUCUGUACCUGCGAUGUGAAGUAACGUACGAUGAAGUACUAGAUGUUGCCUUUUUGUGGGCCCAUAACGGCCGCAUCAUAAACACCUAUGACAAUAUGCCAGCGUACAACGCAAGAUUUAUAGCAAAUUACAAUAGUUUAGAAGUGCAUAAUCUAACCCUGCUGGAUGCUGGUGAAUACGAAUGCAUCGCCAAAUCCGCAGUCAAUAGAAUAGUAUCGAAAACGUUGGUAUUCAUACAAGGACCACCUGGUGCACCAGGGGCUGUUAAGGUAAUCGACAUCAAGAAAACCGAUGCCUCACUGGAAUGGAUUGAUGGAAGUGAUAAUGGAAGACCCAUACUGUACUACAACAUUCUGGGACGGACGACUUGGAACAAGACAUGGGUUAAUGUAUCGCAGAACGUUUUUGCACAGGAAAUCGAUCGCUACAACGGAAGACGCCGUGCAACUGUUACCAAUCUUACUCCAGGUUGUGGUUACGAGUUCAGCGUAGUGGCAGUUAACGAUCUGGGCAUCGGUGUCCCAAGUUUGCCAUCUCCACUUUACAACACUCAGAAGGAUAAGCCAUAUAUUGCUCCACGCAAUGUUGGCGGAGGAGGAGGAAAGAUUGGAGACCUGACUAUUACUUGGGAUCCGCUGCUUCCAGAGGAACAAAACAGCAUUGACAUACACUACAAGGUGUUCUACCGGCUUCCCAAUCAACGCGAGUGGGCCUCGGAAGUUCUGAAACGGCAAGGAAAUGUAGGAAGAGCUGUCGUGCACAUUCCAUUCGACAAAUAUUACACCAAAUACGAGGUGAAGGUACAAGCCAUCAACGAUCUCGGGGAGGGACCGAUAAGUGACAUCGCGACCAUAUAUUCUGCCGAAGAUAUGCCGCAAGUUGCUCCGCAGCAAACCGUUGCCAGAAGCUAUAACUCGACCGCACUGAAUGUCACCUGGAUUCCGGUUUCACAGACACGAGACGCCAUCAGAGGAAAGCUAAUUGGACACAGGCUGAAAUACUGGAAAAAAGAGCACAAGGAAGAGGAUGCUGUAUACUUCCUGUCACGAACUACGCGCCCAUGGGCCCUUAUUGUGGGUCUUGAACCCGAUACCUACUACUUUGUGAAAGUUAUGGCCUACAACGCUGCCGGAGAAGGACCCGAAAGCGAACGAUAUCUCGAGAGAACAUAUCGAAAUGCACCGCAGAAACCGCCGUCAUCGGUGAAUAUAUUUGGCAUCAAUCCGUCUACGAUUCGUGUUGUUUGGCGCUACAUUGCGCCUUCCCAAGACGAAGAACCAGUUCAGGGAUAUAAGAUAAGAAUCUGGGAAACCGAUCAGGACAUGACUACUGCCAACGACACCGUGGUCCCAAUAGGUCAAAAGCUUGAAAAAAUCAUCGACAAUCUUACACCAGGAAAAUCGUACAAUCUGCGUGUUCUGGCAUACAGCAAUGGAGGAGAUGGAAGGAUGUCCAGCCCGCCUAUCAAGUUUCAGAUGGGUAUGUAGCAAGAAUCACUCAAACUCCGUACAACGAUGCCAAUUUGCUACGAGCUGAAUCCUGGUGGACAUUGACGGUAGCCUUCAUAAUGUACAAAUUUUUCAAAUGCUACUACUAGGUACUAGCUUUUUGAAUCAAAUAACUUUAAAAACUAAAUGAGACCAUUAUGAGCAUAGGCAUCAUAAAAGAAAGCAUUUGGCAUAUAGAUAAGAUAUUGCACAACAACGCAGAUUAUCGUCUAAUGAACUAGAUUUAAUAGAAAAGUCGUUUCGCCAUUCCCCAACAAUAAUUUAGAUACAAAUGAGAAUCCGUAUUGCAAUUUUCAGUUUCAUUUCCUAACAAAACGGUUGAACAAAGCUUGCAGAACGGCAAUGCACAAAGCUCUAUAUGGUGUACAUGUUCAAAUUGUUUUGUACAUAUUAUUUGUUUUUUUUUUUCAGCGAAACAAAAGUUGUGACGCAACUUCCAAGUUGCUAUUACUUUACAUUCCGGCACUAUUAUACUCGAAGCAGACUUAAACAUCUAGGUUGCACAUGUACAGUGACAUAAACUUAACAAUGAACCGUUGUUUUGAAUCGUGAUUCAUUAAGAUCUGUGUUAAGCUUAAUUUUAGGAUUAAAAAAAUUUUCAUUGUUCGA